AUGAAGCAAGCCCAUUCUGCACUAAGUGCAAACAAGACAUAUAUCUGUACUCGACGAGCAAAUGUUUCUGUACAAAAUAUGGAAGAAGUCAUAUCAAUUCUUCAUUCAAUUAUGAAAUUCAUGAAACUGAAAUUUCUCGAGGGAGUUAUUGAUUUUUUAAAGAAUUCGGAAAAUAAGGCAAUAGUUAAUUCAAUUCCAAAUCAAACUCAAAAAAGCGAACAACAAAUAGAACCACAAAAAUACAAUCAAGAGAUAGAUACAUCUAAAUCUCAGAGCAAUCAGACCAACGAAGUAAACGACAAAUCAAAAGAAAACCCCCAAGAAAAUCAAACUAUUGAAAUAUUCAAGAAUAAGAAAGAAAUACUUACAAGAAUUAAUGAACUUAAGGGUGCACCCGUAUGUACGUUUAUUUGA